AUGAAGUUCAUGAAACUUGGAUCUCGUCCAGAUACUUUCUACACUUCUGAGUCCAUAAGGUCAGUCUCGUCUGAAGUUUCUAGUGACCUCAUAAUUCAAGUAAGGGGAAGUAGAUAUCUUCUUCACAAGUUUCCUCUGCUGUCAAAAUGCUUAUGCUUGCAAAGACUAUGCUCAGAAUCACCUCCUGAUUCAUCUCAUCACCAAAUAGUUCAACUUCCUGAUUUUCCUGGUGGAGUAGAAGCAUUUGAGGUGUGUGCUAAGUUCUGCUAUGGAAUCACCAUCACUCUAAGUCCUUACAACAUUGUAGCUGCAAGAUGUGCUGCUGAAUAUCUCCAAAUGACCGAGGAAGUUGAGAAAGGAAACUUGAUUCACAAGCUUGAAGUUUUCUUCAAUUCUUGCAUCCUCCACGGAUGGAAGGAUACCAUAGUGAGUCUUCAGACCACAAAAGCGUUGCAUUUGUGGUCUGAAGACUUGGGAAUUACAAGCAGAUGUAUUGAAAUUAUUGCGUCGAAAGUCUUGAGGCACCCUACAAAGGUGAGUUUGUCGCAUAGUCAUUCUAGAAGAGUGAGAGAUGAUAUAUCUUGCAAUGAUACUGAAAGUUUGAGAACCAAAUCCGGAAGCAAAGGAUGGUGGGCUGAAGAUUUAGCAGAACUUAGCAUAGAUCUUUAUUGGAGAACAAUGAUAGCAAUCAAAUCUGGUGGCAAGGUUCCUUCAAAUUUCAUUGGCGAUGCGUUGAAAAUUUAUGCAUCGAGAUGGUUACCAAAUAUUUCCAAGAACGGAAAUAGAAAGAAGAAUGUUUCGCAGGCUGAGUCUGAAUCAGACUCAGCCAGCGAAAAAACUUCAAAGCAUAGGCUACUCUUGGAGUCAAUAGUAAGUUUGCUUCCAACCGAAAAAGGCGCUGUUUCUUGUAGCUUUCUUUUGAAACUCUUGAAAGCUUCCAAUAUUCUCAAUUCUUCUUCGUCUUCAAAGAUGGAAUUAGCAAGAAGGGUAGGACUUCAAUUGGAGGAAGCAACAGUGAAUGAUCUAUUAAUACCUACACUUUCUUAUACAAAUGAUACCGUCUAUGAUGUUGAGUUGGUGAUGACUAUAUUGGAACAGUUCAUGUUACAAGGACAGAGUCCUCCAACAAGUCCUCAAAGAUCCUUGAAGACCUUUGAAAGGAGACGGUCUCGAUCGGCCGAGAAUAUUAACUUUGAAUUACAAGAGAGUAGGAGAUCCUCUUCAGCUUCUCACAGCUCAAAAUUGAAAGUGGCAAAGCUUGUUGAUAGGUACCUUCAAGAAGUUGCAAGAGAUGUGAAUUUUUCAUUGUCUAAAUUCAUCACUCUAGCUGAUAUUAUACCGGAAUUUGCAAGACAUGAUCAUGAUGAUCUCUACAGGGCCAUUGACAUUUAUCUCAAGGCUCAUCCAGAACUCAACAAGAGUGAAAGGAAAAGAUUAUGCAGAAUUCUUGACUGCAAAAAACUAUCAAUGGAAGCAUGCAUGCAUGCAGCACAAAAUGAGUUACUCCCUUUAAGAGUUGUUGUGCAAGUUCUCUUUUUCGAACAAGCUAGAGCUGCAGCAUCAGGUGGUAAAGUAACUGAAUUACAAACCAAUAUCAAAGCAUUGCUUACAACACAUGGUAUCGAUCCAUCAAAACACACAACAGCACAGUUAAGCACUACUACAAGCAUUCAGGGUGAGGAUAAUUGGAGUGUUUCUGGCUUCAAGUCACCGAAACUAAGGUCAACAACUCUAAGAAUGAAACUAGCUGAGGAUCAUGAUGAGUUCGCUGAAAAUGGUUUGGCGAAUGAUGGUGGAAUCGGAAGAAACUCUAGAUUUAAGUCCAUUUGUGCUCUUCCUACACAACCUAAAAAAAUGCUUAGCAAAUUAUGGUCUACCAAGUGA